AUGAGGAAGGCGUCAGGCGGGCGGCAGGCGACGCUGUUCGAGGCCUGGGGCGCCCGGCCCGAGGAGGAGGAUGAGGAGGAUGACGCGGCGCUGGUGCUGGCGGCGGGCGAGGCGGAGGCGCGGUCGGGAGGCUUCGUGGGCGGCCCGGCGGCCCGGCUGUGGCUGUUCCCGGGCGGUCCGGGCCUGGAAAGGCGCCCCUACCAGGUGCGGGCGGUGCGUGCGGCGCUGGAGGGCAACACGCUGCUGUGCCUGCCCACGGGCCUGGGCAAGACGCUGGUGGCGGCCGCCGUGCUCCACAACUUCUCCCGCUGGUUCCCCGCAGGGAAGGCCCUCUUCCUGGCCCCCACACGGCCCCUCGUCGCACAGCAGCGCCGCGCAUGCGCCAGACUCAUGGGACUCCCCAAGGAAGACGCCGCACACCUCACCGGAGGCACCUCGAUCGCUGACCGGAAGGAGCUCUGGCGCCACAAGAAGGUCUUCUUCCUGACGCCGCAGAUCCUGGUCAACGAUCUCUCCCGAGGGAUCUGCCCGGCUGCAGAAGUGAAGUGCCUGGUGCUCGACGAGGCCCACAGAGCCCUGGGGAAUUAUGCCUAUUGCCAGGUGGUGAAAGAAUUGUGCAAAUACACCCAGGAGUUCCGGAUCCUGGCUCUGACGGCCACUCCUGGCAACGAUGCAAAGGCCGUCCAGCAAGUGGUUUCCAACCUUCUGAUUUCGCACAUCGAGCUGUGUACGGAAGACUCCCCGGACAUCCAGCCUUACUCUCAUGAACGGCGGGUGGAGAAGAUGGUGGUCCCGCUGGGGAAAGAGCUGGCCGGGGUCCAGGCGGCUUACAUCCGGGUCCUGGAAGCGUUUGCCGGCCGGCUGACCAGGCUGCGGGUCCUGUCCCAGCGCGAGAUCCCUUCUCUCACCAAAUACCAGAUCAUUCUGGCCCGGGACCAGUUUCGGAAGAACCCGGCUUCUCACUUUGCGGGAAAGCAGCAAGGAGCCAUCGAAGGGGAUUUUGCCCUCUGCAUCAGCCUGUACCACGGCUACGAGCUGCUCCUGCAGAUGGGCAUGCGCUCGCUCUAUAGCUUCUUGGCGGGAAUCAUGGACGGAUCCAAAGGCAUGACACGUUCCCGGAAUGAGCUUGGGCGCAACGAGGACUUUGUGACGCUGUACAGACAGCUGGAAAGCAUGUUUGUGGAUACAAGCGCAUCUCCAGCCAGUGGCAGCAAUGCAAUGCCAGGAACUGGAAUCAAGCAGCCCUUCGUUUACGGACACCCAAAGUUGAAGAAAUUAGAAGAGGUCGUGACGGAGCAUUUCCGGUCCUGGAAUGAGAACGCAGGCCAGACCCGGGUGAUGAUCUUCUCCUCCUUCCGCGACAGCGUCCAAGAAAUUGCGGAGAUGCUCAGCCGACACCACCCCCUCCUGAGGGUCAUGACCUUCGUGGGCCAUUCGGUGGGCAAAGGCAAGGGCAGCAGUAGCAGGGGCUUCACGCAGAAGGAGCAGCUGCAGGUGGUGAAGCGCUUCCGCGAGGGCGGCUACAACACCUUGGUCUCCACCUGCGUGGGAGAGGAAGGCCUGGACAUCGGGGAGGUCGACCUCAUCGUCUGCUUCGACGCCCAGAAGAGCCCCAUCCGCCUGGUGCAGCGCAUGGGCCGAACGGGGCGCAAGCGGCAGGGGCGCAUCGUGGUCAUCCUCUCCGAAGGACGGGAAGAGCGGACUUACAACCAAAGCCAGUGCAACCGGAAGAGCCUCCUCAAAGCUCUUUCCGAGAACAAGGGGCUGCGCUUGUACCAGCACAGUCCGCGCAUGAUUCCGGAAGGCAUCGACCCACAGAUGCACCAGGUGGUCAUCGCACCCAAAGAGGAGGAAGAGGAGGAGGAGGAGGCAGAGAGCCCCAAGGACAGCAGAGGGGGCACUUUCCCCCAGCAGUGGGUCCCCUAUCCCGCUGGCACAGGAGGAAAGCAGCGCCGUCCAUCCGAAGGGUGGGGCCUUUCCCCAGAAGAGUUUGAAAGAUGGAGCCGGUUGUAUAAACUAGAAACUGGGGACGGCAUUAAGACGCCCGUGCUGCCUCGAAGCCGCUUUGAAACCUUACCAGACGAGGAGACAGAAAGCGUGCCUGCGUCCGAAGGGGUGCGUGCGCUCUCCUUGACCGAGUGGAGCCUCUGGCAGAGCCGCCCUUUCCCUACUCUCCUGGUGGACCAUUCAGACCGUUGCUGCCACUUCAUUGACCUCAUGGACAUGAUAGAGCGGAUACGGCAUGAGGAGGGAGAGUGCAGCUACGAGAAGGAAAUCCGGCCUUAUCUCCGCUGGGAAGACGUGGACAUCUCAGGCGUUCAGAGGAAGAAAAGCGGCUACGAUGCUGCAAUUGCCCAGAAGGACUCUGUUUCCCGGAGAACCGCCAAAGGGAAACGCAGCCCCUCUUCUUUGGCAGAGAUGGAUGCAGAAUGCGCCUCUCUCUUUAAGUCCAGCAGCUUCAAAUCCGUGAGCAGAGUUCGGGCUUUGGAGGGCCUUGGCUCUUCAGAUACCUUCUCAGCAGACAACUCCGAGGACCAAAGAUGGUCAGAAAAGGGUGGAGAAAGCAUAGGACAGCCUGACAAGGCAAAUGCUCUCCAAAGAGACACGUCUCAUGGUGGAAGUGAAGGAUCCAGAAGAUUUCAGAGUCACCCAGAAGAAGAAGAGAACGGGCACAGCAUGGAUUCUGGUUGCGGUCGUCUUGCAGAGGAAGGCUCACCCGCUUCCUCUCCGCUGUUCUACUUCCCAGCCUCAGAGCCUGACUUGUUUGCAGGUUCAGAUGUUUGUGGAGAAGACAUCCUCAGCGAAGUCGCCAAGCUCCUGUCGCAUUCCCCUCCUUCGGUGAAGGAGAUCUUUGAUUCUGAGGGAAAGAGGGAUGACAGAGAACAGCAGAAGUCUCAUUCCAACCUGUCUCUUGGCCACUUACCUUCAGAAGACCCGUUACCCUUGAAUCCAUCCAAUGCACCUGACAGCAUCUCUGGACAGAGCGACAUCCAUACAUUUGGUCCCUUGAACUUUCAUUUGGAAGCCAACCUCGUUUCCAGUCCUUCCGUCAGCAAGAUGAGCGCUCUUGAUUGGGAUGAGCUUUUUGAUCAUAGUAGCGAAAAAGAGAUUGGGAUCCUUGAGGAGAACCUUCCAGUGACAAAACAUGGUCUACAGAUGUUGAAGGAGGGUGAUGAAGAGCCUCAAGGGUCCUAUAGCGUGAGAAAUAUGAGCCCGGAUCAAGCCGUCGUACGUUCCUUCGAGGAAGAAUGUUUACCAGAGAAUGAAUAUUCACCCAACGGGAAAGGGAAGGGGCCCUCGGUGAUCUCUUUGUGUAGUCAACCCAAUAGUCAAGCCACAAGGACACCUGAAUGGCCAUCUUGGGAGGACAAUGUUCAAGUCGCCCACCAAGAACCCGCAAACUCACUGGUCCUUUAUGGAGAAGAGACUUUAGGGGAUGUUUGUGUCGCAAAGGAAGGGAAGCCACACCUUCACACACUCUUUGAUGCCUCUCAAGAGUUGUUCUCUGUCAACUUUGACCUUGGGUUCUCUGUCCAGGAAUUGGAGGACGAGGAAGCAAGAGGCGGAAGAGAUGCUACGCCUGGCUUCCUUGGUGCUGAUGUUUCCCCUUUGAGGAACGUGGCCAGGAAAUCUCCUCCAGCCUCCAGCAAGGGAUGCUUUGGCCAGGCAAAGUCCUCCACUCCAUUGCACCUGCCGGACCCACGCUCCGCCCUGCCGGCCAUUGAAAGCGUGACCCCCAUGCCUUCCCCUCUGACUCCAGCCGGGUGGAAACAGCGCCCACCUUUGCAUGCUGAGUUUUCCACGCCAACACGGAGGCCGGAGGGGCUUCUGCGGGGAACCUUGGGCGGAAAGAGGGAGAGAAGCCCAGCCGGGGCCGUGCCGAGCCAAGCCCAAAGCCGCCUGGUCAAAGCCUUGGCCAAGUCAGCCUUCCCAGGAGAGGAACCAAAGGGAAAAGCGGAGAACGAAAGCCUCGAGGGCUCCAACGGACUCCCUGCUCAAGGGGCCAGCAGUGACAGCGAAGGGGAAAUUGUCUUUCUCAGGAAGAAGAGGAAGAAGAAAAGGCCCAUUCUGACGUCCCCAAACAACAACAGCAGCGAGGUUGAGUCACCCAUUCACGCCGUCAAGAAGCGGAGGCGUCCCCUCGUUGCGUCAGAUUUGUCUAGUGAUGAAAGCACAGAUUUUUCUGAGAAGCCUAACCAAGCGCCGAGAGAUGCAAAGGGUCGGAGCGAGAGGCCGGUUCCAGGCGCAAAAAGGCAGAAGAGGAAGAAGGACCGAGCUGUGCUGGGGGAGGCUGCCCGGUGCUUCAUCGAGGACGAGGCCGCCCUUUCCGAAGAGGGAGCCGCGGGGGUCUCGUCGGACGAGAGCCUGACCUCGGAGGACGCCACGAGCAGCUCCAUCGCCCAGUUCCUGAACGACGAGACACAAGACCUGAAUGAGUCUGAGAUGCGAGGUGUCUACUUAGAAUCGGUGCGCAGCCCAGCCGUGGGCAACCGGUACAAGAUGGUGAUGCGCAAAGGAGGGCACCAUGCGCUGCCCGUCUUCUCUCAGGUUCCGGAGCAGGACGAGAGCUAUCUCGCAGAUAGUUUCUGCGUUGAGGACAACUUGGAGGACGACCCCUGUGAGGAAGAGGAAGAGGAGGAGGAAGUGCACAUCAAUUUUGACCUGUUGCAGGAGGAGAGCUUUGCCAACGGGAGGAAGCUCUACUGCACUCGCCGCAGGAAGAAGCUGAAGUGUAUGGAAGAGGCCAGGGGCGCUCCCCUCUUGGCAAGGAAACCCUCUCGGGUUCGGAUCCUGGAGGACUCCAGCGAAGAGGAAGGCGGGGUCGGGAGAGAAGAGAAGGACUCUCACACGUCUCCCUCCCUGGGUGACGGGGACGCCUUCCGCCCCCGCCGGACGUUGGCCCCUCUGGCCCCGGAAAGCAGGGCCCACCGCCUCCUGGAGAUGAAGGCUUCCCUGGCCGAAGAGAUGGACUUCCUCCCUCAGCGCAAAGGCCACGGCCAGAAGGAGUUCCUGGCUGGAGACCAACGGGAUCCUACCAAGGUGGAAGGACCUUUGAGCGCCCCCUCCUUCUCUUCUUCCUCUGCGUUGGCCACCCACCCUUCCUCUUCCUCCCUGAAGGACCCAGCUGCCCUGUGCAUCCUAGUGGACAGCCGCGAGAUCUCCUCUGGUCCAGAGGUCAUCUCUGCCCUGAAGGCUGCCCAUGGGGUCAAGGUGCAGGUCUGCUCCCUGGGCAUCUGCGAUUAUGUGGUCAGCCACCGGAUGGCGGUGGAGAGGAAGUCCCCGGUGGAGCUCCUCCACCCAGCGCAGCGGAGCAGAGCGGCCCAGAAGGUGCGGGAGAUCAGGAGGAAGUUUGACCGCAUCUGCGUCAUCGUGGAAAAAGAGAGGCCCAAGGCAGGAGAGGUCAGCAGGGCCUUCCGCCGGACCCAGCACUACGACGGCAUCCUCUCGGCCUUUGUCCGGGCCGGGGUCCGCCUCCUCUUCAGCUCCGGCCAGGAAGAGACGGCCGGCCUGCUGAAGGAGCUGGCCUUGGUGGAGCAGCGGAAGGCGGCGGCCAUCGCGGGGACGACGGUGGAAGUGGGGCCCCGACAGGAAGGGGCGCUGCGCUUCUACCUGAGCAUCCCUUGCGUGGGGCACCCCCUGGCCCUGGCUCUCUGCCACGCUUUCCGCUCCAUCCGGGAGGCUGCCAGUAGCUCUCCCAGUGAGAUGGCAGCCCGCGUCCAGGUGAGCCAGCAGAAAGCAGAGGAAGUCUUCCAGUACCUGCGCCACCCCUUCGACGCCCAGAUGCUGCCCAACGGGAGCCCCUGACCGGCCCACGGACCUUAGAAGCAAAUGCACUUUACUGUAAGAUAUGUAAAUAAACUUGGGCAUGGAAAAGGGUAA